GCUGCCCGGGGCUCGGGAUGCUCUAUGGCAAGCUGCUCAGCCGCUGGCCCAGGGUCCUCCCAUGGCGGAGCUGGAUCUCCCCGUGGUGGCUCUAGAUCCCCCCGCAGUAGCCCUGGGUCUCUCUGGAGCCCCUCAUGGUGGCCCAGGAUCCCUUCGUGGUGGGUCUGGAGCCCUCUGGAUCCUCUCCUGGUGGCCCUGGAUCUCCUCGUGAUGAUUCUAGGUCUCAUGGUGGCCACAGAGCCUUUUGUCAUGGCAUGGUGGGAGUUAAGAGGCUGCACUUGGCACCACGGUCCUGGAUCAUUGUCUGCUGUGUGACCAACCUGUGCACCAGAGAGCUGCCAGGCUGAGCUGAAAGGCUCUGAUACAUCUACUGAUUUUUCUAGUGAUGCUUUGUGGUCUUCAUGCUUCUGGGCAUCUUGCUUGCCCAGGGUACCAGCCCCAGUCAAGGCUGUGUGAGCUGUGCCGUGUCCCUCAGCCCAGGCGGUGCGACCAGGCAGCCCUUGGAAACUGACAUGGAGGGAUUUGCCUCCUGUGCUGCUCUGCAGCUGCACUGGCUGAUCAGCUGCUGCGCGUGGGGUUGUGCUGUUGCUCUGGUGAAGAGGAUGUCACCUCCUGCUCUGGGGCUGAGGAGACUGAGAUCAGCAGAUCUGGCAGUGAGGACCUUUGCUCUCCAAGCGCUGCAUCGACUGGCACUGCCUGCAGGCUGGGCUUUCAGAAUCACUGACAGCUCUCUGAGAAAGACAAACCCUACGUGGAUAUCCAGGGACUGACAGCUUCCACCAUGGAAAUCCUGCUGGACUUUGUAUACACAGAAACUGUUCAUGUGACAGUAGAGAACGUCCAAGAGCUGCUCCCCGCGGCGUGUCUGCUCCAGCUGAAAGGUGUGAAACAAGCUUGCUGUGAGUUUCUAGAAAGCCAGCUGGAUCCAUCCAAUUGUUUGGGCAUUCGGGAUUUUGCUGAGACACACAAUUGUGUUGAUCUAAUGCAAGCUGCAGAGGUCUUCAGCCAGAAACAUUUCCCAGAGGUGGUUCAGCACGAAGAGUUUAUCCUCUUAAAUCAAGAAGAGGUUGAAAAGCUCAUCAAGUGUGAUGAAAUUCAGGUGGACUCCGAGGAGCCGGUGUUUGAGGCAGUGAUCAACUGGGUGAAGCACUCCAAGAAGGAGCGGGAGGCGUCGCUGCCCGAGCUGCUGCAGUACGUGCGGAUGCCGCUGCUCACCCCGCGCUACAUCACCGACGUGAUCGACACCGAGCCCUUCAUCCGGUGCAGCCUGCAGUGCAGAGACCUUGUAGAUGAAGCCAAGAAAUUUCAUCUUCGGCCCGAGCUCCGGAGUCAGAUGCAAGGACCCAGGACAAGAGCACGUCUGGGAGCAAAUGAAGUCCUGCUGGUGAUCGGCGGCUUUGGCAGCCAGCAGUCACCCAUCGAUGUGGUGGAGAAAUAUGACCCGAAGACUCAGGAGUGGAGUUUCUUGCCAAGCAUCACCCGGAAGAGGCGCUACGUCGCCACUGUGUCCCUGCACGACCGUAUCUACGUGAUCGGGGGGUACGAUGGCCGCUCCCGCCUCAGCUCUGUGGAGUGCUUGGAUUACACAUCAGAUGAGGAUGGGAUCUGGUACUCCGUGGCUCCUAUGAAUGUACGCCGAGGCCUGGCAGGAGCCACCACCCUUGGAGACAUGAUCUACGUGUCCGGGGGGUUUGACGGGAGCCGCCGUCACACCAGUAUGGAGCGGUACGACCCCAACAUUGACCAGUGGAGCAUGUUGGGAGACAUGCAGACAGCACGGGAAGGAGCAGGGCUUGUUGUGGCUAAUGGAGUUAUCUACUGCCUUGGUGGCUAUGAUGGGCUAAACAUACUGAACUCAGUAGAGAGGUAUGAUCCCCACACUGGACACUGGACAAAUGUCACCCCAAUGGCCACUAAGCGCUCAGGGGCUGGAGUGGCUCUGCUGAACGACCACAUUUAUGUGGUUGGUGGGUUCGAUGGGACAGCUCAUCUCUCUUCUGUGGAAGCCUAUAAUAUUCGCACUGACUCCUGGACAACUGUCACCAGCAUGACAACCCCCCGCUGCUACGUGGGGGCCACGGUGCUGCGGGGCAGGCUGUACGCCAUCGCGGGGUACGAUGGCAACUCACUGCUGAGCAGCAUUGAGUGCUAUGAUCCCGUCAUUGACAGCUGGGAAGUGGUGACCUCCCUGGGGAUGCAGCGCUGCGACGCUGGAGUCUGUGUCCUUCGGGAGAAGUGAUCCAGAGGGAGCUUCUGAAGAACAUCCUGAAGAGUCUCAGCUGGAGGAAGAGUCCCAAGUGAUUUGCAGUGACUGUUCUUGAGAGUUGUGGAUGCUGUGGAAAUAGUCACCAGAACAGCAGCUUUCUGUGCUGCUUCUGACUAGAGCAUGUGCAUAACCGUGUUAUCUCAGCAGUCAUUUGAAAUUGGGGGCUCUGUGUGGAGCUGGAGAAGGGUGGUGAGGUGGGUCAGGAGAAGCUGUGUCCUCUGCUGUUCCUGUGGCUCAGUCUAUCGGCAGAGCAGAGGUGCUCCCAGCCUUGGCAUCAGCCAGCCUGGAGAACCCUUCCAAGGACCUGUACAUACAACUGGGGAGUCUCUUCAGCCACUGCAGGACCACGCAGGUCCUCUGGUUGCUCUCAGCCACGUGGGUGUGUGGGGGUAAAUCCAGCUGCUCUGAUGUUCCAGUUUCCAAUCAUCUUGUACAUACUGAAUGUGUGAACGUGCUCCUCAGGUGCACAGGAGAGCAGAGGCAAACGGAGUGAGCAUGUCCGAGGGGUCCUGCACUUCUCACAGCUCUGCACACAGAAGGAGUCGCAGAUCAAAGCUGUCAACUACUGAGACCCAAAAGCCCGAGGCUGCAGGGGCAGAGGGUGGGGGUAAAGCUCAUUGCCUGGUGUAGGAGCAGGUCUGCAGCGCUGUGCUCCAGUCAGGGGGCGCAGCGAGAGUCACAUCAGGGUUCCCUCAAAGAGCUCAACAGACCCAGCUGCAAAGUGCUGUGUUUUCUUGAGCAGGAGCCUGGCUGUGCUGGGUGCUGCCCUCGCUCCCACCCCCUGGAGAGGUCACCUUGCAGAGGUGGGGCCCUGGCAGCAGAGACACAAUUGCUGCCACCCACAUGAUCUUGCUGGUGAGCAACUGGGGUUCAUGGCUGGACAGCCCUCUCUGUCCAGCACACCCACCUCAGCCUUUCAGAUAAGUUCAUUGUGGUGAUACUCCUUUUAUCUAGGAUUUUUCUGCUUCCAGGGCCGUUAGGGAUCCAUGUUACCCUCUGUUUCUUCCCUGGCCUAACUCCACUUCCUCUUUCACUAGCUCUCCAUCACCUGCGCCACAAGCCCCAGGUGAGAGCUUCCUCUGCCACUGUCUCCUCAGCGUGUCUCCUGCCUUGCUGCCUUCCUGGGAGCAGGGGCUCUCCUCAGCUUGGCCCCCCAGUGCCUGGGCUCCGUGUUCUGCUGCUCGUUGAGCUUCCUGCUGACUCCUUGCUUGGGGGACAGGGUGGGAUCAGGGACGUGGUAGCAUGACUCCAUUAUGCACUUUCAGCCAAUGCUCUGACCUUCUGCGUUUGUUCCUAUCACACAAGUGUUCUGUGGUUUUGUUUCCUAUGUUUAUUUUUUAAUGAAAAUGUAAAGAAUAAAAGAUUUCCUGAGCCAGCGGGAA